CUUAUUAAAAGUAGAUACUAUCAUAUUUCUCACCUUUAUUUUCAUCUUCCUAUAUUCUUCUUACUACCAGACAUCUUUCAUAUUAUUCCUAUUGUUUGGCAUUCAAAGACAACUGAUUUUAUAACAACCAAGGUCUUAAAAAACCAGUCAAAAUGCGAGUCUCAACUCUCUGCCGUAGCGUGCCUCUCCUCACCCUCGCACUUACCUCAGCGAUCAAAGCCGCCCACGACGCCAUCUCGCAACCUUACCCAGCCACCAAAGACGUACAAAACUCUGAAUCCGGCAAUACUACCACAGACGACGUCCUCUCCGCUUCCUCCGGCCACAUUCACUACCGCAUCAACGGCCCCGGCCAGCUCGCUGUCAUAUAUACCGAGCCAAAAUGCCCCCGCCGCCUCAGCGCACAGCAGCUCUACGUCCCAGGAAACGACACCGAUACACCGCCAGAGCUUCUGCAGAUCGAGUACUGUUCUGCGCGCUGCAUGAACCUCCCCGAGGGCGUCCGCGGACAGAGCAUCGAGCUCAGUCUUGCAGGUCCUAUCAUCAUCAUCGGCGAGAGCCCUGAACGCCCUUAUGCGCGCUUAUACGAGACGAGUGACUGCAGGGGCGUUGGGAAAGAGACGUCGAUUCGGAAAAGCAAGAAUUGGGCCUGUACUGAUGUCGAGGAUGGCUUUUGGCACCCUGCCCGCGAAGGAGGCUUUGGCAGCUUCAUGGUCUGGAAGGGGUGCAGAUACUUGGAGACGGAGGAGCAGAAGGAGGAGAAGCGGAGAAAUGGGAGGUUGAAGAAGGAGCGGGAGAGGGUUAAGGCGGAUAUUGAGAAGAGUAGAUGGAAGGCUGCUGACAAGGAGCGCAAGAUCCAAAAGGAGGAGGGGAAGAUGGAGAGGAAGCUGGAGAAGCAGAUCCAGAAGGAGAGGUUGAAGCAAUGGGAAAAGGAGCAGAAGGAGAAGAAGAAGCAGGACAAGCAGGAUGAGAAGCAGGAGGAGCGCGAAGAGAUACUGCGCGGGAAAGAGCGCAAAGCUGCUUGGGAUGCUAGGAAGGCGCAGCGCAAGAAGGAGAUGAAGGCUCAGUUUGAGGAGUGGAGACAGGACCGGCUUAUGGAGCUAAAGGAGGGUGGAGCGAGGAAGAGAGCGGAGCGCAAGGCUCAGCGCCAGAGGGGCAGAGAAGAUCGCCAGGCUGAGCUGCUCGAGAUGGAGAAGCAGUGGGAACAAGAUCGCAGGGAUAAAGUUAUUGAAGACGAUAAGGAGUGGGAGGAGCAGCUAGCCAAUGAGGCCAUUGAGAUGGCGAGGGACAAGGAAGAAGAGGAGAUGCUGGAGGUGGCUGAGGUUGCGGCCGGAGAAGAAAAGUUGGCCAAAAGGGGUUCGCAUCAAUGGACGCCCCAGUGGAUCAUCGAUCAGUAAAAGCACAUGGAAGUGGAUCGGUGUUGACAGCUUCGUUUGAAACUGAUAAUUUAGAUGGGUAUCUUUGUUAAUUUUUUACUAUUUUUUGUUUUUCGCAGCUGGCACCUCUGGAUCACGGCAAGCUGGACAGGAACGGAACUAGUUCAAGGCCAGCCAGCUGUAUGCGAUUUCAGUCACAAGUUUUGUUAUGGCUUUGCCCGGACAAAUAGGGAUCAGAGUACGGAAGGG